AGAGAGACAAGAUGCAGACAAGUCGUGCAGAGAGCCAGCCACAGCGCCAUUCACGCGUCUCUCGUGAUGGCCUUGCAUCUGAGGAAACGAUGGUCCACGAUUUUACUGGCCGACAGCUGCUGGUCUGGCCGUGUGACGCGUCGUGGUGGGAUUGAAGCUCAGCUGAAGCUCAGCUGAAGCUCAGCCGAAGACCAGAGCGACUGUGUUGGAAGAAACAAGCGAGAUCAGGCUUCAUCUGGCUGUGUACUAAUAUAAAGGCUUAGUUUCGUCUUUAUUUCGUCACCACAUACGCUUGCCGUAGCGCACUCUGAACCCAACAUGCCGGCAGUCGACAUCUACAAGAUCCUCAAGGAAAAGAAGGUGCUCGGGACGCAGAUCCCCGUCUACAAGUCUGGGGAGAUAGAGUAUGAGCUCUCUGUCGAUGUGGCAAACCUCCUCUACUGCUUCAGCCGGCCCAAGUGUGUCGUGAAGCCCGAGCAGACGGUUCACGUCGUGGAGGUGGUCAAACAAGCCCACAAGCACUAUGUGCCCAUUACCGUCAAGAACGGCGGGCACUCGUACGCCGGGCUGUCUACCACCAACGAGGGCAUCCUCCUGGACCUCUCCCGGAUGGUUGACGUGGAUCUGAAGCUGGAUGCGGAGGGUCUCGAACCUCCCGAGGACGCCGAGGGUCCCACCGUCACCAUGCAGGGCGGAGCGCUCUGGGCGCACGUCUACCGGCAGCUGGUUAUCAACAAGUGCGAUGGCUGGGUGGUCAAUGGCGGCCGGUGUCCCACAGUCGGAGUGAGUGGGUUUGUCCUGGGCGGCGGGCUGGGCCCCUUUACGCGGCGGUUCGGCAUGGGAUGUGACAGCCUGUUGGAGGCCACCCUGGUCACUGGCAACGGCAAGGAGGUGACUGUGCGCGCCAAGGACGACCCCUCGUCUGAUGAGGGGAAGCUGUUCUGGGCCCUCCGUGGCGCUGGGGCGAACAACUUUGGCGUGGUGUUGAGCAUGAAGGUGGCACUGCACAAGCUGCAGGAGGAGUCGGUGGUCGCCGGCAGGUUCAACUGGUAUCCUGGCGUCGACACGACCGAAAGGAUGGCUGCUUUCCGACAGGUGAUGCACGACUUCUACACCACCGAGUGGGAUCACGGCUUGACCAUCGACUCCAGCUGGCUGUGCAAUAUGAAAGAGAGGAACGGCGAGCUUGGCGUGCGCUUUCUCACCUACUACGACGGCAACAGGGACGCCUUCAGGAAGGAAGUCGACAGGCUGCUGGCUUCUUCGGCCUCGGAGGAGAACGUGGACAACGAAGCGGACGUCGCCGUCGCCAAAGCAGAGAUGAAGAAGCAGCUGACAGAGAAUCUCAAACGCCGCUCGAUCGACGAACACUCGGCCCGCUUCCUGCACGAGACCCUCAUCUCGCAGUGGUCGGAGGAGACGCUGAAGGCGCGUCCCGCCAACAAAUCGUAUACCGUCUAUGCCUCGUUUGUUUUCACCAAGCACGACGAGCAAGGCAGCAACUACGCCAAGAUCACCGAGUGCAUCACCAAGCACAUGGACCGGUUCAGGGCCCAAUUCGUCGGGGAAGUGGCCCUGCUGCAAGUGACCUUCAUCCACACCGGGGGCAAAGCGAGCGAGAUCGGCCGCGAACCGGGACCGGACGCCACGGCCUUCCCCUGGCGCGAUGGACGGUACAUCGCCUACAUUAUGAUCCAGUGGGAUGAGAAAUGGCUGGUGCGCGAGAUGCAGGACUUCUGCCGCGACUUCAAGCAGGAUCUGGCCGAGUUCUCGAUCGGCAAAAAGGCCGGCUUCCUCAAUUUCCCAGACAGGGAAGUCUGUGUGUCCGAGGAGGACCGGCACGAGGCAUACUACGGCCCCAACAGCGAGGAGGUCCGCCAGAUCAAGAACAAGUGGGAUGAGGGCAAGAUCUUCCACCGUGGCUGCCUUGCCUGGGCCGCAGAUCUCCGCCCUCCAGGCGUCCUUGCCAUCGGCAAUGGAGGCCAUGUCUCUUCCAACUUUUAUCUCGCCCUUGUUUCCGAUUCUUUCGAUUGCUUUGUCUGA